CUUAUAUAAUAAAUUUUAGAAACGAAUAUUUUACUUAUAAUAUUAGUUUUUUCAAAUCAUUACUUGUAGAUAUUUUUUCUAAAAUGAUAUGCCUAAAUCGCUAUUCAUUUCUCUGCCUGCUUAUACUGAUCCAGUCGUAAAAGGUAACACAAGGACUUCUAAAUCUUCGAAGAAAUAUAAAUUAUACCUAAAUAAAAUUAAAAAUGCCCGCCCGGUUCUUCCCAAAUAAAAUUUAAAGACUUUCACACCAUUGCAGAUCUACUGAAAUUUAGUAGUCGUUCUACAUAAAUGUAUGCGCAGUCACAACCUCGUGACUUUAUUAUAGUAGUUUCAUAUACAAGAGACAAGAAUAGAGCGUGACAAGUGUGAUUUUUUUGAAAAUCUAUGAAAAGUAUUUGAAUUAUAUUAAAUUAAUGUCUUAGAGCUCAAACGCACGACAAGCUAACUUUUGCUUGUAAACAUGGCUGACGUAAUUCUGAGUGAUCUAAGCAUGCGCACCACGUAAAAUUACUAGAAAAACCACGAUGGCUGGGGUCAUAUUACUAGUUUUAUGGGAAUUAGGACGGCCAUGUUUACAAGUUCGACACAACCAGCAGCAUUUUCAGCAGCAUUUUCAGCAUAGAACCGCUAAUUUCACACUAGUUUUUUUUUGAUAUAGCCAACAUUGAAAAAAUACAACAACAAUGGUUAGCAUUGUUAAUAAAUUUGUUUGUUUAUAUUUACACAUGUAUAGUACAUAUAUGUAAUGAUGGACUGUCAAAAUAUCAAAUUGUCAACAAAUAAGAAAGGUUAUAUUUUUAUUUAUUUUUUAUGUGUUUGUAAGCAAGUUGGUACAGCUGAAACAAUUUCAAGAAACGAUUAAAACGCCGCCCUAUAGCCGUUAUAUGUGAACUUUUUCUUCUAUAGUGCUAUGGCAUAGAACUUGGUUGGAAAACUAUGCUAGUGGCCACAUGCCUUAAGCAGAGUGGUGCCAAAGGCGAAAAGCUGCCCAGAACUGACGUAUAUUAUACGGAAACAUUUAGUGCCCUCUGUACUAAACAUGGCGUCUGGCGGUCUCGUUAUGAAUAUUAUUAAUAUUUGUUAUAAUAAACAAAGUGACACAGAGAAAAGAAAAGUACAACAGCAGUAUAAACAAACUGAUUUUCAUUAAUAAAAAGUGAUAGAUUAUAGUAAGUAUAUGAUUAAUUUUAUAAAUAUAGUUUAAUCAAAGUAUAAGACGUGUAGUAAAAUUGAAUUUGUUGUUAUUAUUUAGAUUUAAUUAAACAAAUGAAAUUGAGUUUUUUUUUAUAUUACAAAAAUGUUUGUAUGUCAAUAUUUGUUAUUUAUUAAUAAGUUUAGUAUUAAGUGGAAACUAAUUGAUUUAUUUUUAAUCUACGCAACAGGUAUUUAGUAAAACGGGUUAUUGUGCUGUACCAGGAUGUAAAAAUAGCACCAGGUAUCAAAUAGGUACAAAAUGCUGGUCUAGAUAUUACAAAACUCAUCGAGCAAUCGUUUAUCUGUGAGAUGGCAGAAAGAUGUCCUGUUUAGGACAACCCUUGUGGCGACUAUAAUGCGUCAACUUUAAGUACUACUUUUAACCAUAUUUUAAAGCACAACUAUUUGAACCGAUCGAAAAGAUGUCCAAAAGUCAGCUAUUAUUGGCCCACGCUCAUUGGUCCAUAAAACGUCGACAUUAUGUUGUUCAUGUAGACAUGUCUUAAAGUCAUCUUUUUGUACAGUCAAAAAGUACUGUAAAAAAUAGACUGUUUUAUAAACAAAGCUACGGAUCCGAUCAUAUAUUCAUUCAGAUGUGCGUCUGUGCAAUAGUUUUUUUCUAUCAUAGAUUAUUAUCCGAAUUGUCGUUUAUCAAUUAUAAAAACAUUAUCUAUUAAAAGAAAAAACAACAGUAGUUCUAUCUGAGCUCAGGACAAACAUAAAAAUUCAAGUUAAGUAUAUAUAAAUAUUUAUUUUAAUUUUGGAUCACAACCUAACCUAAAUCUCGUUUAUGAUUAAUACUAUUAUUUUCACUUAUAUUUAUUAAUUUACAACCGUUGAAUCAAUAUGAACAAAAUCCAAGUAAUAAUGAAAAUCAUGGGCCAAAUUGCUGCACUCGUAAUACUUUAAAAUUUAACAUAAUUUUUUCGGUUUUUCUCUUUAUAUUUUAGUAAAACUAAUAACUGGGUAUUUUUAUGUUCAAAGGUUGUCGUCGAAUGAUUAGGAUCAAACUCAAUGAAAUAUUAUUAAUACUGAGAGAUAAUCGAAAUAAUCUUGAUGUAGAAAGUCAUGCCAAGUUUGAGUUCCAGCAGUGUCAAACAGUUCGAGAUUUACAAAUACUAAACGAAAGUUUACUUGACUCGAAUGAUCGUCAAAAACAAUUUGAUACUAAAAUUGCUAAUUUAGGAGGUAAAAGUCUUCAGAAAUCCGUUGCACAUGCUAUGAUCACUGUUAUGACUGAUAAUGUUGGUGCAGAGGUAACAUGGGCAGGUCUCAAAAAAGAUACAGUGGCUAUUUCAAAGCUUAAAAUUGGAGAGCUUAUAAUAAGUGGUAUUAUGUUGAAUAAACCACAAGCAAGCGAAAAUAACGUUCAAGAGCAUAUGAAGGAUUGGAUACGUCGGUCAAGUCAACGUGUUUCCGCAGCAAAAAAACGACUUGAAAACAAGAACAAUCCCACCAAUUUAGUUCGUGAUUAAAACAAGUCAAACUACUAAGUCAAGGAUUCUAAGUCAAUUUUUUGGUUGUGAAUAAUCCAAAGUGAAAAAUUAAAAAUGAGCGAUAAGAGAAAAAAGUACUUCUUAAAAAAUAAAUUUAUUACUAAAUUAAAAGGUUAAUACAUAAGGAAAAAAAGCAAAGCCAUAUUAUUAAGAAUAUUAUUUAAUGUAAGCAACUUUAAAAAAAAAAUUUGACUUGUUAAAAGAUAAAAAUCUAGUUUUCUCGAAUAAAAUUGUUCAAUUA